GAUUGUGGUUUGUUGAUCACACUUCCGUAUCAAGCAGCCGUGUAACUUCCUCUCUGCAUGUCACAUCAGUUCUCAGUAUUCCUCCACUGCAGGCUGCUGCACUUUACGAUGCCUCUCCUCACAGACAGACUGUUCCUUCAGCCUUCACUCAGAUGCCUCGGUGUCUUGGUAUACUUUCUUUUCCUGACGCACAUUUGUAAAGUUUUCCUCUCAGCAGCAUCAGAGCUGAUUUGUUCUCAUGAACCAAUCGUAGCUCUGGUUGGUGAGGACGUCCUUCUUCCAUGUCACCUUGAACCUGCAGUCAGUGUCAGUGAUGAGACAGUGGUGUGGACCAGACCUGAUCUGAUUCCAAAGUACAUCCAUUAUCAUCAAGAUGGACGUCUGCUGUUUGAGAAACAGAAUCCAUCUUAUUCUUUACGGACUAGACUGUUUAUGGAUGAACUGCUGAGAGGAAACGUCUCCAUGAAAAUAUUCAGAGUGAAAAUCUCUGAUGCAGGAAGAUACCACUGUGUUCUUGAACCGAUGGUGAAGGAAGAUUUCAUCCAACUCAUUGUUGGUGCUGUCUCCACUCCCUUCAUAGAGGUUGUGACUAAUAACAGUGAGCAUGUAGUUCUACAGUGUAACUCUACAGGCUGGUAUCCAGAACCUGAGGUGUUCUGGCUGGACGGUGAGGGAAACCUCCUCUCUGCUGGACCUACAGAGACAGUCAGAGGUCCUGAUGACCUCUAUACUGUCAGCAGCAGAGUGACUGUGGAGAAGAGACACAGCAACAGCUUCACCUGUAGAGUCCAACAGAACCACAUCAACCAGACCAGAGAGGCACACAUACAUGUUCCAGUUUCAACUGAUUUCUCCACAGUUCAGUUCUUUUCUCCUUGGCUUUGGAUCGGUGUUGUGUCUCUUGAUGUUGUUUGGAUCUUCAUUAUUAUCAUAAUUGUCAUGACAGGUUUCUUCACUCGGCUCACUGACACCAUGAAUUUGUGGAGGAGGAGGAGGAGGAAUGGAAAACAUACUUCAGUCAAAGCAGGACAUCAAAUGGUGAAUUUAAAACAUCUGAUCGAGAAAGGAAGAGAGUCACCCAUCGUCACUGGACAACAGAAGAAACUGAAGAAGACCAUGAGAGUGAAGAAUAGAACCAUCAAUCAUGAGUAAACCUGCAGGCAGCUUUACAAGGGACAGGAGAAUUCAACUAUUACAAUUCAAAGAAAAUCUCCCACAUCAUCCUGCUGGUUUCGGGGUGUUGUCAACCAAAAUAUAUGUAAAAUUGAAUGAAAUAAGAAAAUGUAUAUAACUACAAACACACCUUUUGACCAAUCUGAAUAUGAGGACUUGAUAAACACCAUCUAAAGAAUGUCUGUGUCAAUUUUGGGAAAAUUUCAAGUCAGACUUGUGAAUUUAUAGAAGACUAUUAAUUUUUCCUAUUUCGAAAAAAUUCAUUGAAGGACUCCUGAACCGACCGUAUGUUGUAGUGCAAGAAAUGUUUUGUCAUAAGUCUGAGAACUUUUCAGCUCUGCAGGUUGAACAUGUGACUUUUUAUAAUAUUUUGAAGAUUGAAAUGUGAAAAUUCAGGCAGUUUUUCUUUCUUAUCAACCUCAUUUAACUGUUGUUUGUAAUUCAUGUCUUGAUGACCCAGAUGAAGCUGAAACGCUUCAGUAUGACAAAGUUGUUCUUUAUCCUUCAUGUGCUGCUGGAGAUUUCUUGAUCUCUGCAGUCAUAGACAUUUAUGUUUUCAUAUUGUAUCAUAUAGUAUUUACCCUUCUCCAUGCACCUUAUGCACUAUAUGUAAAUAUAUUUUUUGGUAAAUGUGGGAAUUUAUAUUAUUUUGUUUAAAUAUAUUUGUUAACCUUGUGGUUUGUGUUGAACUGUAUCUCCUGUCAUCCUGUAACAAAACACUGCAGUCUGAUUCUCUGCACGUGCAGAUUAAAUUGAUCUUGAUAUUGUUUCUGGAUGAUCAGA